AUGUCGUCUCUGAGCUGGCGCCACCACACCCUAAUACAGGCGCUGCUAUCCCGGGGCCCGCUCAAGGAAGACGAUUUCCGGUCUAUCUUCUCACAGCUUACCAAAAAAAGCUCAGGCUUCCAGCAGCAAUUGUUUAAUGAAUAUCUUCGGAAGAUAAAUGCAGAAUUAGGUUAUGUUCAGUUAGAACUGAGAGCAUGCCGAAACCAAUAUGAUGGCCGUGUGUAUUAUGGUGUUGUCAACAAUGUUUCAGAUGACCAAUCUAAGCUUGGGACAAAAUACUCAGUUCCUCAGAUUGCUUUCUACAAAGGAAUUGUUGAGGCAAUUAUACAAGAUGCUGAAGCUACUGGUUGCAUUUCCAACACUGAUGCUUUAUAUAUACGUUUGGAAGCACAGAUUCAAGGGGCAACAGAUUCACAAUCACAGGGAGGUUCAUCCCAGAUCCCCCCCGCCUUUAAGAAUUUCUCAAUGUCGCAGAAGGAAAAAACUCUCGAACAAUUGCUGAAGGACAAAUGGCUAUCUUCAACACCAGAUGGGAAAAUUGGUAUAGGGGUUAGAUCCUUUUUGGAUCUACGAAGUUGGUUUCGGACUAAUGAGGUUCCUACAUGCGAGGUUUGCAAUGAGGCUGCUGUUAAGGCCCAACUUUGCGGGAAUGAUUCAUGUAAUGCCCGUCUUCAUCAGUAUUGCCUGGAAAAGAAAUUCUCUCAACAAAGGGCCGACAAAGUUUGCCCAACUUGCGGUGCACAGUGGCCUGGGUUUAUAGUGAAACCAGAAGCUGAGGAAACACUGAACGACUCAAAUGCCCAUUCUCAAAACCCACAGCACUCCCAGCGUUCCACAAAAAGAAGGCGCAGAAUGUUAAGAGAAGACCAUGCUGAUGUGGCAGAAUCUGAUCCGUCACUAAAUGUGGGUGCUACAAAGGGUAAGAAGAGAGUGACUCGAAGUUCUGCUCGGGUGAGUGGCAACUGA